UUAAAUUAAAUUAUAUAUCCCUCUAUGUUUUCCAUACAAACAAGAUACCUUCGAUCACCGCCUAAUGCUCUCUUCUUCUUAUUCUCAUCCUCUUCCGACGGCGGAACAUCCGCCACGUGGCGGAGUCGGAACGACUAUCUCCGCCGUCCCACACGACGUCGUGCGGUCCCACAUCAUCCCAUGCCUCGACGGCGCUUCCGUCGCCGCUCUGAGCUCCGCCUCCGUUGAGCUACACUCCCUCUGCACCGACGAACACAUUUGGCGGGACAAAUGCAUCGCCACGUGGCGAUCCUUCCUGGACCCACGUGUACAGCGCGUGAUCUCCACACUCCCCUCCGGUCACCGCUCUUUCUUCUCCGACUCCUACACUCACCUCGGCCUCCGGCGAGGCCUCGUCGAUCUCCCACCGUCGGUUGCGACAAAGGAGUUGAUCUCAGCCGUUGAUAUUUACUAUAAAGGGGAAGUGAUUUUCUCAAAGGUUCAAGAGACGGAGACGGUCUCCGGCUGGUUCCUCUGCUCGCCUUUCCGGGUCGAUCUCCUGGACCCGAAGGAAUCGGUUUCGACCCGGAUUCCGUACAACGACCAAUGGGACGAGGAAACGUGGGUUCGCAACGCGGAGGAGAACCUCUCUCUCAGCUGGAUCCUCAUCGACCCGACUCGGAAACGCGCGGCGAACGUAUCCUCCCGAAGACCCGUAUCGGUGCACCGCCACUGGCUGACCGGAGAAGUCCACGUCAGAUUCUCCACCGUUUUGGCGGGGAAUCGAAAGAGGAAGUCUUCGUCGUCGUCGGAGCUGGUGGAGUUCGCGACGGAGAUGGUGAUGGCUCCGGAGGCAUCGGCGGUGGAGGUGAGGGAGGUGAGCCUGGUGGCGGAGGACAUGGAGGGGAAGAAUCUGGGAGGGGAGGGCAGUCUGGUAAUUUUGACAGCGGCGAUGGGAGGCGGGAGAAGGCGAGGAGGAGGGGAGGAGAGGUACAGAGAGCUGGAGCAGAGGAAGAGGGAGGCGAGGGAGGAGAAGGGGCGGAGGCGGAGUUCAAAGGCGGUGGAUACGGCGGCCUGCGUGGUCGCCGGCGGAGCCGCGGUGGUGGUGAGUUUUUGGCUAUGUUUAUAUUUGUGUAUCCGCCAAAAGUUGGUGGUUAUAGUGAACAAACUCAAGUAGCAAUUCUAGGAAAUAACUUCUUUGCUUCAAAGUGAAUAUUUCUGUC